AUGUUGUUAAGAAAUACAAAUUUACAGAGAGAAAGCAAAUUGAAAAUCACUGAAACCAAUCUCACUACCGUGACAGAAUUUGUUCUCGUGGGUUUUUCUAGUAGUCCCAACUUGCACUGGUUGCUCUUUGGAAUAUUCUUAGUCAUCUAUUUGAUUAUCCUGCUGGGGAAUGGAGUUAUCAUCCUAAUUACAAGACUAGAGCCCAUGCUUCACACACCCAUGUACUUUUUUGUCAGUAAUUUUUCUUUACUAGAACUCUGCUAUGUGUCUGUCACUCUUCCGAGAAUGCUUGUGGAUCUUUGGACCCAGGAAAGAAAUAUAUCUUUUUUCGCCUGUGCUACACAGAUGGGCUUCUUCCUUGUGCUGGGGGCCGUGGAGUGCUUUCUCCUGGUGGUAAUGGCCUAUGAUCGCUACGUGGCCAUCUGUAACCCUCUGCGGUACUCCCUGAUCAUGAACCGCAAGCUCUGCAUUCAGCUGGUCACUGGCUCCUGGAUCUCCAGCUUCCCAGUCCAGAUGGGGCAGACAGUGCAGAUUUUCACUCUGCCCUUCUGUGGGUCUAACAUCAUCAACCACUUCUUCUGUGACAUCCCUCCGGUGCUCAAGUUGGCCUGCGGGAACAUCUUCGUGAAUGAGUUGAUGGUCUACGCACUGGCUUUCUUAAUUGUCAUUGUGCCUUUUAUGCUGAUCCUUGCAUCCUACAGCAGAAUAAUCUCAACCAUCCUGAGGUUGCCCUCAAACACAGGAAGGGGCAAAGCCUUCUCCACCUGCUCCUCCCACCUCAUAGUGGUGAUUUUAUUCUAUGGAUCUGCCAGUAUCACAUAUUUAUAUUCCAUGUCCAGUCAGUAUGAAAGCGUAGACAAGCUGCUUGCUCUUUUCUACACUAUUUUGACCCCAAUGUUCAAUCCUAUGAUAUACAGCCUUCGGAACAAAGAUGUCAUCAGGGCACUGCGAAAAUUCCUACCCAAACUGUUCAAUAUCUGA